CCAAUUCCCUGCUUAUUUAAUUUUCAAUUUUUUUCCUCCAUUGUGUGUGUGUGUGGUGGAAAUUAGGGCUUAGUGAAGUGUGUCGGCGAUGGAUGUGACUGUGCUUCGGGGCUUGCAGAGAGUUGUCGGGGUUGCGGGGGUUUUAGUGUCCGACAGUGGAAGGUCCUCGAGAAGAAAAAACGAAGAAGGCGUUGUCGUGACGAAUCUGAACGCGAAUUGGGUUUUCCGUUGCGAGCAAAUGAGUGUGAAGAAUUUGAACCUGGAUAGAUUUAGGGUUUAGAAGAGGGGAAGUAGAUUCAUGGCUGUCGCUGCAGCGGGAGAGUUGCUGGAUCUGCUGUCGCGCGAGGUGCGAGAGCUGUCCCUGGGUUGCACGCCCGAGGUUGUCAGGAUCGAUGGCCCUCCCGAUCCUGUGCAGUUCCUGCGCGACUUCGUCAUGCCCAAUCGUCCCUGCAUCAUCACCAACGCCAUUGCACAUUGGCCCGCCCUUCGCCUCUGGUCCAACUCCUACUUGCAAUCCCAACUUGCCCACCGUAGCGUCUCUUGCCAUUUCACCCCCGACGGGCGAGCCGAUGCCCUUGUGCAGGCUCCUCAGUCUGCAGACGUGGGGUCAAAGUCUAGCCACAGCGAUGGAGGUGAUUUGGAAGGAGAAGGACCUGCCAAUGAAAUAGUCUUCGCAAGUUCACUUGUGGAGGUACUGCCCUUCCCCACGGCGCUGGAGUGUGUUCUGAGUUCGAGUUGUGAAGACCGUAGUGUGGCAUAUCUACAGCAGCAGAACAAUUGCUUCCCGUUGGAGUUUUCUGCGCUUUCUGAAGAUGUAGACAGCGAUAUCGCAUGGGCAAGCGAGGCUUUGGGCUGCAAGCCCGAGGCGGUGAAUUUGUGGAUUGGUACUCAAGAGUCGGUGACAUCAUUCCAUAAGGACCACUAUGAGAAUCUUUAUGCUGUAGUCUCUGGGGAGAAGCAUUUCACCUUACUUCCCCCAACAGAUGUGCAUCGGAUGUAUGUGAAGAAGUACCCCGCUGCUCAUUAUGAACGAACGGACAGUGGGAGCUUGGUGCUUAAACGCGAUAGUCCAACCGCCUGGGUGCCGUGGUCCAGUGUAGAUCCCUUUCCAAAGAAUGCUGAGCGACAAACAGCCGAGUCCCAGCAUCCGCGUUAUUUCGGAGGCCCACUGGCAUUUGAGUGUACAGUCAGAGCAGGAGAACUACUUUAUCUGCCGAGUUUGUGGUUUCAUCAUGUACGCCAGUCACCGGAUUCAGAGGGGCGCACCGUCGCCAUUAAUUAUUGGUAUGACAUGCAAUUUGAUAUGAAGUAUGCGUAUUUCAACUUCGUGGAAUGUUUGGCUGCAUCGUCAUCGACAUUGGAGACUAUUUCUAUACGUUCGAGCUCGUGACUUACUCGGGUUGGGCUGACUACAAGGCGAGGAAACAGUUUGGGCUUACUAGCAUUGAUCUUAGUCAUGACUCCAACCACUAAGGAUUAAAGGAGAAAACUUUAUUAGAGUAAUGCACAUGAUUUCCCAUAUUACCAAAGAGUGAUCGACAUGCUGGUCGCCUGCCAAUUUGAUUGGGUCACAUGACCUCCACAUGGAGUUUGUAAUGUAUGUGGACCCACAUCAGCGUUUCUUACUCUUUAUAGUAAAUACAAUGGAAGAGCUCUUCAUCAGAAUUGAACACUA